CCUCCCUCCCUGCCCUCGCUAGUCGCUAUAUAAAUUCUAUUUCCCUGUCUGCUUCCGCCAACUACUUUUUUCUGCUCUCCAUCUCACACUCCCACUGCCUGCUUUGCUCCAACCUCUCCUUCAUAAACCCUAACACCCACUCCCUCCUCUAUUGCCCACUUCUCUCUGCUCUCCAUUCCACUCCUCACUCUUACUCCGGGUCUUUCUUGGAAUUUGCUGCUCACAAUGGUGAUGGUGGACACCGAGGUUGCCGACGAUACCCAAGAGACCAAUGCCUGCAAGUCUCCAUGGAAGAACCCACCCGCGGUUGAUGGGAAGGACACGGAUGCUCCUGUAAUGGGAGCUGAUUCUUGGCCUGCACUCGCUGACGCGCACCGCCCCAAAACUCUAGAUGCUACUACGUCUGCCAACUCUUCUCAUUCAGGGGAGCUUUCAGAUGGAGUAGCUCUUCACUCUCCGUCUUCAGGACCUCAGGGAGGAUGUGUACAGAAGUCACCCGCCUCUCGGAAUCCUAGUUAUUCACUAAAGAAUUCCCAAUCACAUCAUCCAAAAGCAGGCUCUAAGCGCAACCCAAACGCUGCUGUGCAUGCUUCUGUUCCAUUACCUUAUCAUCAGCCACCAAUGCCUCCACUUUUUCCACCCAUAUUACAUCCUCCUCAUCUCGCUGUUCCGGGAUAUGUUUUCCAGCCUCGACCUGUAGCUGGGGUUAAAGUACACAUGGCUAAGCCUGGCAGUGAGACAUCAGGACAAGCUUUUGUUCCAACUGUCGAGCCUCCACCACGAGGUGAUCCAAGUGGUUAUGUUGUUGGUGUUCAUAAUAGAAGACCUUACAUGCAAGAAUCUGGUAUUCAUUGGAACCAUGGCUGGCAUCAUCAACGGGGAUUUAAUCCAAGAGACAACAUUUCCAUGCAACAUAGUGCUGGACCACGCCCUUUCGUACGCCCACAGCUUUACCCUCCAGCUCCUGGCUUCAUGGUUGGUCCCAGUUUUCCUGGACAUGGACCUAUGUACUAUGUUCCUGUUCCACCUCCUGAUGCAAUUGAGAGACCUCCUCAGCUCAUUCCGCACCCUCUUAAUGCAAGGGCUUCAAUGCUUCCCCCGGAUAUGCUAGCACUUCGGGACAAUCUAGUAAAGCAAAUUGAGUAUUAUUUUAGCGAUGAAAAUCUGAAGAAGGACCAUUACCUAAUAUCUUUGAUGGAUGACCAUGGAUGGGUUCCAAUAUCAGCCAUUGCUGAAUUCAAAAGGGUUAGGAAAAUGAGCACUGACGUUCCAUUUAUCCUUGAUUCUCUGCACUUAUCUGCAAAUGUUGAAGUUCAGGGUGAUAAGGUGCGAAAACGUGAUGAAUGGUUAAAGUGGAUUCCAGUUCCUGAAGACUCUAAAUCAACAUUAAGUGUUGAGACUUCAUCCAAUCUGGUGUAUGAAACUACUAACUCUUUGGUGGACGAGAAUGCUUCAGAUUGUUGUAGAAGGCCAGCGUCCAAUCAUAACAUCAACUCUUCACUACCUCAGGGUUGUUCUCUGGAGCAGCUCUCAAGCAGGGACAGUCUGGAAGUAGCAAAUCUAGAUAUAGUGGAAGAACAUUCUCGUGGAACUGUGCCGCCUCAAGGCAUAGAGUUUUCAUCUAAUGUUGGUGCACAGAAUGUUGAUGACCUUUCGAGCCAAUUUUCAAGCACUUUCAUGCUUGAUGAAGAGCUAGAGAUUGAACAGAAAGCGAUAAAAAAGGAUGAUUUGACUUCAAGUGGAAGGAUUGACGAAGGUGAUGAUGAGAUUGCUGUCAAUGAUCAAGAUGUUCAGAGACUUAUUAUUGUCACGCAGAAUAGUGCCGUCAAAGAAAGGUCUACAAAUGGAGGCAAAGAAUCAAAAUCAAUAUCUAAAGAGCUUGCUUCAACAAUAAACGAUGGCCUUUACUUCUACGAGCAAGUACUGGAAAAUAAGAGAUCUAAUCGAAAAAAGAGCAACUGCAACUCAGAGAAUAGGGAAGUAACCUCAAGAUUAUCUAGCAGUGCUUCAGGAUCAGUAAGGUCAAAGCCUAGUGAAAAUUUUGCUGGAAACUGUGGCUUGGAUGAAAUCGGGAAUGCUAGUCCCAGGAAGAAACAAACUAAAACCUUCCCUAGACAACACUCAUCACUUAAGCAACGCUUUUUCUCGAGCAACUUUAGAAAUCAUGGAACGAGUCGGACCUCUCUUGGCAUUGUAGCAGAGAGCCCACCUAGUAAUUCUGUAGGUUUUUUCUUUGGUUCUACUCCUGAAAACACAAGCUCCAGGCCAUCGAAAUUGAGUGUUUCUCCUCAUGGAAAUUUCCUUGGCAAUAGUCCACCAGUGGGUUCUCUGCCCAAGUCUUUUCCACCCUUUCAGCAUCCCAGUCACCAACUUCUAGAAGAGAAUGGUUUUAAACAGCAGAAGUACCUUAAAUUUUACAAAAAGUGCUUGAGCGACAGAAAGAAGUUGGGAAUUGGUUGCAGCGAGGAAAUGAAUACUCUAUAUCGAUUUUGGUCUUAUUUUCUUAGAGAUCUGUUUGUCGAUUCAAUGUACAAUGACUUCCGAAAAUUUGCCUUGGAAGAUGCUGCUUCUGACUAUAAUUAUGGAAUAGAGUGCCUUUUCAGGUUCUAUAGUUAUGGUUUGGAAAAGGAAUUUAGAGAGGAUCUAUACACAGACUUUGAACAGCUUACUCUUGAGUUCUUCCAGAAGGGAAGUCUUUACGGCCUCGAGAAAUACUGGGCCUUCCACCACUAUCGUAGACAACGGGAUCAGAAAGAGCCCCUAAGAAAACAUCCAGAAUUGGAUAAGUUACUUAAGGAGGAAUACCGUAGCUUGGAUGAUUUCCGUGCUAAGGAGAAGGCAGCAAAUGUAAAUGAGGAUGGGAAUUGAGAGUGAUGUGAUGAACUUUGAUGGCAACACUCCAAUUUUGAACGACAAUGCUAACAACCUAAUAGUUGAGUUGAGGAGGAAGUUGGGUUUUGAGGCUAAAAUGGGUUUGUACAUUAUAUAAGUGCCUCUGCCUGUGUGUAUGGCUACUGGUGGCUGAGGUUUUCUUAUAAUUUGAGGUGAAGCUGUGUUGUGGGGUAUAAGCCUUAAUUUCGGUGGUGCCUGCAGCAGCGAGCUUGAAGAGAGUUCCCCAUGUUGCCAGUUAGUAGUCACAUUGGUUGUCUCAGGACUGUAACAUUGUAAAUGAGGGAAAGGGAAAGGGAAGGGGAAAAGAAAAGAAUAAUAAGAAAAUUUAAUUUUAUUGGCUGAUUAUUUACUUAUUGGUUGUUUUUGGAAGGGUAAUGUGUUGAUAUGUUCCAUAAACAAGUAUGUGGAUUUUGAAAA